GGGCAGCCAGCUGGGGAGCCGGGAUGUGCUGUGCUCACCCUAAGCACACUCUGACGAAGAAAGCUGCCCAAGUCUCCUCUCUUAACAGUUGAAGGAUCAGGCCCUGGAGGCCUAUACAAUCCACGUGAAAUCUCUUUCCAGGGUUCCCAGGAGCUGAGACAGAUGCCCAUUUGAGCCUGAUCUUCCUGAAGGUCUUUGCGAAGCCCACCUCCCAAGACUCCCCUUGAAGGGCGGAACUGGUUUUUCUGGGUCCCCACAUUGCUUAGGGAAACAGGUUCUUCUAGCUCCCCAUUGGCCCUUUUGUGCUUACUCUGAGAAGCCAGGUCAGGCCACUGUGUCAGGCUUAGCCCAGAGAGAGUGGGGUGGAGGAGGCGGAGGGUAUAACCCGGCUGGGUCCUCUCCACACAGGCUCUCAGGCAAGCUCCCUGGGGUAGCAGCUCCUUGAGGCCCCAGGAACAUGGCUGUCCCGUGGCUGGUGCUGCUCUUGGCGUUGCCUAUCUUUUUCCUGGGAGCCUUUGUCUGGGCUGUCUUUGAGCACUUCCUCACCACAGAUGUCCCCGCCACCAUGCAACAGCGUGCCAAGUUGAGAGCCCUGCAUUGCGGAUUCCUGUAUGUGCUCACUUUGGGGAACAUACUUGAGAAGCUGGGAAUUUGCUCCAUGCCCAAAUUUGUCCGUUUUUUACAUGAUAGCAUGAGAAUUAAAAAGGACCCUGAACUUAUAGUGACUGACCUGCAUUUUGGGACGAUACCUGUGAGGCUGUUCCAGCCCAAGGCAGCAUCCUCCAGACUCCGGCGAGGCAUCAUCUUCUACCAUGGAGGGGGCUCAGUAUUUGGGAGCCCAGAUUGUCACCAUGGCCUGUGUAAUCAUCUGGCCCGGGAGACUGACUCUGUACUUCUGAUGAUUGGGUACCGCAUGGUUCCUGACCACCAUUCCCCUGCCAUUUUCCACGACUGCCUGAAUGCCUCUGUUUACUUCCUGAAGGCUCUGGAAACCUAUGGGGUGGACCCCUCCAGGGUUGUGGUCUGCGGAGAAAGCAUCGGAGGCGCAAUGGCGGCCAUCAUCACCCAGGCCCUGGUGGGUAGAUCAGAUCUUCCCCGGAUCCGGGCUCAGGUCCUGAUCUACCCGGCUGUCCAGACAUUCUGUUUGCAGUUACCAUCCUUUCAGCAGAACCAAAAUGUCCCGUUCCUUUCCCGGAAGUUCAUGGUGACCGUUCUGUGUUACUAUCUGGCCAUUGACCUCUCCUGGCGCGAUGCCAUUUUGAACGGCAGCUGUGUACCCCCGGAUGUCUGGAGGAAGUAUGAGAAGUGGCUCAGCCCUGACAACAUCCCCAAGAAAUUUAAGAAAAGAGGCUUCCAACCCUGGUCUCCGGGCCCUUUUAAUGAAGCUGCCUAUCUAGAAACCAAACAUACGCUGGAUGUAGAGAAUUCUCCCCUGCUAGCAGAUGAUGAGAUCAUCGCUCAGCUUCCCGAGGCUUUCCUGGUGAGUUGUGAGAAUGACAUACUCCGUGAUGACAGCUUACUCUAUAAGAAGCGCUUGGAGGACCAGGGGGUCCGUGUGACGUGGUACCACCUGGAGGAUGGUUUUCACGGAUCCCUUAUCUUUUUUGAUAAGAAGGCUUUCUCUUUCCCAUGUUCCCUGAAGAUUGUGAACGCUGUAGUCAAUUAUGUAAAGGGCAUAUGAUAGUAACCCUGGAGGCCCGGGGAGGAAGGGGUAAGUAUGGACUCUACCAGAAACUGGGUGCUUUAGUGAGCUCUACUUUAUUGACUGAAGCGGUGCUACGCCAAUGCUUGGGUCAGCUGGGAAGGGUGAGAAGGAAGCUAACGGUCCUGCCUAGUGUUCAAGAAAAUCCCAAUUCUGUGUGUUUCCUUUUGUCACUAACAGUGUCCAGUUCCAGAUCUAGCAGCAUUCUUUAGCAUUCCAUUCAGGUGAAAUAAAUAUCAAAAGAAGCAAAA